GUUUCACCGAGCUGCCAUUUUGUGCUCCUCAGCAAGUCCGUCCAAGUUGUUCGGGACGACGCAAGGGGCCACUUGCUUCUAUCCCUUAUGGUGCUCUCCGCUAGAUUUAUACAUUGAAUCGAGAUCGAGAAAACCUACAUUCGCUUUCCAAUAUACACACAGUGUUGUUCAUCGACGGGCUACUGUCUGUUUUUCGUCACGUUUAGGUAGCAUCAAUACAGAGGUAACGGUGUUAGCCUAGCUUCUGUGCUAGCCAUAGAGCUAGCGGAAAUUAAGCCGUCCUAGCUGGCUUCAAGCUAGCUUUGAUUCCAGACGAAAUGGCGGCCAACGCGGCACAAACAGCCCCGAAAACUAACUGGUCUUAUGGUGUUGGUGCUGCUGAGAACCAUGUUCAAGAAAACCCAGAAUGGGAGAAAGCAAGACAAGCACUUGCUUCUAUUAGUAAGAGUCAGAACAAUGCCAAGGCUACAUUUGCCAGCCACGCUGCUGCAGAGUUUCAGGCAGGAUUGAACGAUGCUGCCAUUCAACAUCAGCAGUAUUAUCAAUGGUACCAGCAAAAUCAGCCACAGUAUCCAGGAUACACGUACCCAUAUAGCUACUACUAUCCCAUGAAUCCAUAUGGAUAUACACAAAAUCAGUAUGCUGUUCCCCAAAGUGCUUACCCAACGCCACCAACCUCAAAUGGGCAGCCUCCUCCAGUGCCUGGAAUGGAAGACCAGACCCCCAGCUACCCCUCUCAACCUCAACCCCCCUCCACUCCUCAGCCACCCCAAAGCCCAACCCCAGAGAAACCUGCAGCUCCUCCGCCCCCACCCAUGCCUCCUCAACCCAAUUCCCAAUACCCCCCUCCACCCCCACAUACUUCUUACAAUUCCAACAAUUCCGUGCCAUACACGCACGGGGACCCCAACCAGAUGCAGGUUUACAACUCGUGCCCAGGACGGCCUAAUUAUGGAGCGGGCUUUCAGGCCCAGAACAACUAUCAGCCCCCACAGGCUCCGCCCCAGCAGCAAACGGGGCCGUUCGGAGCGAGCAUAGGCAGAGGAGAGGCUAAUAAAGCUAAAAAACAAAACCAAGGACAGCAACUCUGGCAUCGCAUGAAACAGUCACCUGGCACUGCCCCGAUGAAAUUCAACAUUCCCAAGAGGCCUUAUCAGGUGACCACGUCUAACCAGGCAUUCUCACCAAGUGAGCAGCAGCAGCCAGAAUCUGCCAGUUCACCUCCAGCCUCUCCCGUGACUGCCAGCGCCACGCCUCCGACACGACCCCAAGACUGGCCGCCAGCCAUGAAGGAGUACGUGCAGCGCUGUUUCACAGCCUGCGAGACGGAGGAAGACAAAGACCGCACGGAGAAGGUGUUGAAGGAAGUUCUGCAGGACCGCUUAAAGGAUGGAUCUGCUUACACCAUCGACUGGGACCGUGAACCGCUGCCAGAUCUGAAGAGUAAGCAAUCUCGCUGGCACACGGUCCCGAGAAGUGUGGACACUGCGACGAGUCGAGGUGGAAGUGCGGCUGCUGCGACACGCGCCAGGGGUGGAGGCCACAGAUUGGGAAACUAUAGGAAUAUCUUUUCUCAGCGCAGUCCAUCCAGUUCCUCACACUCUUCCUCUCGGUCCCCCUCCCCAACCCACGGCAGAAACCGCGACCGCAGCAACCAAAGGCACCGGCGCAGCGAAUCUGGCUCACAGUCAGACAACAGCCUUUCCAGCGAUCUCCGACCUCAGCUGUCGAGAAGAAACCAGAAAGGUGGUCGCGGGCGUGGCAACAACAGGGAUCGAGGGCACGGUGGAGAAAGGGGACGGGGAAGAGGUGGAAAAGCUAAGGGCAGGAGAAAUCAAGACGACUCCAACGUGCCCGGUGGUAAGAAGAGGAAAGGUGGCAAUGCGGGUUUGGAUUUCCACGACCCUGACCGGGAAGCCAAAAAGCAGAGUCGAGCUGCUCGCUUCCAGAAGCAGCUUCGCACAGAGCCCCUGGUGCUGUCUAUUAACCAUCUGGACAUGCCCGAUGGGACACAGGAGGGCCUCAGCUGGGAAGACUGUCCCAUUGUUGGGACAUGCCAGGACAUCACAAAGUCUUACCUGAGGCUCACCUGUGCCCCAGACCCCGCCACUGUUCGCCCUAUUCAUGUGUUGAAAAAGUCUUUACAGGCCGUGAAAGCUGACUGGAAAACCAAACAGGACUACCCUUACGCUUGUGAGCAGAUGAAGUCCAUACGACAGGACCUCACGGUCCAAGGAGUUCGUACGGAAUUCACCGUGGAAGUGUACGAGUGUCACGCUCGCAUUGCCCUGGAAAAGGGCGACCAUGAGGAAUUCAACCAGUGCCAGACACAGCUGAAGUCCCUCUACAAGGACAACCCCUCAGAGAACAUCGGCGAGUUUACAGCAUAUCGCUUGUUGUACUACAUCUUCACCAAAAACUCUGGAGAUCUCAUCACCGAGCUGGUGUACUUGAAUCCGGCACUGAAAGCGGACGUGUGCAUCGCUCACGCUCUGGCGCUCCGUGCCGCUUGGGCUCUAGGCAACUAUCGCCGUUUCUUCAAGUUGUAUCAGGAAGCUCCGCGCAUGGCUUCGUACCUCAUCGAUAAGUUUGUUGAGAGGGAAAGAAAGAUCGCACUUCGGGCCAUAGUCAAAACGUUCAGGCCCGACUUGCCAGUGGAGUAUGUGCAGUCCACGCUAGGCUUCACUUCGUUAGACUCCUGCAUGGAGUUUCUUAGCGGGUUGGGUGUCACGUUUACCCCCGCUGACCCCCUAAGGAUAGACUGCAAAAGCAGCACCACCACACUGGCUGCCUCAUGAGAGUGCGGGUGGGCUUAGCACACUUAGAGGGUGGACACGUAGUUGCGGGGCAGUGCACAUCCCAGAGUAUUGAUGAAUGCAGCGCACCUUUUACAUACCUCUUCCAAUUCAGAGAGGCACACCGGCACCCAUAUAGGGCCUAUGUCGUCCCAUAUGAGAUGAAAGUUCAGAAUCCCAGAGUCGUUCAGCGACGUUAGACAGAUGACACGAGGUUGUUGACGCGCGCACAAAGUUGCUCUCAUUCUAUCCAGUAGAGGAGAUCAGAAAACAUUAGCUCUCCCCCCCUUCCCCAAGCUGCUUUCAUUCACUCAACACUUUAGAGGCCAAAGGCUCACGCGGCCAGAUGAGGGAGGGCACUUGCGCGAUGCUUCCUGUUCCAUUAGCCCUGUCCGAUGUCAACGCUAACAGUGUCCUGUUAUGUUUUCUUCCUUCCCCAAGUCAACAGCUCCAAGACCUCAAGUCUCAAGAAGAAGACACGCAACCGGUCCGAGUCGUGUUUGAAGACCGCACAAGCACCUUUGAUUCCAUAGAGACUGUACAAAAACAAAAUGAAGCCAAGAUCGCCAGAAAGGUUGUCAAGAAGAAGAGGAAGCUGUGGUUUGUAUGUCCGCGUCUCCUACGACGACCGCUGUGUCCUGAUUCCUGGAGGUCUUCGGUUUCUGGGCAAGAUCCCUGUCCAGAAUCGCCUAAGGAGCAGAGUUUGGGACUCAAGUUCACUUGGUAGUUCAGUCACGAGUCAAGUGACAUCAAGUCAGGAAGCAAUGACUUUCAAGACGGAAGCGUGUUCUUCGUUGAGGUUUUCCGAGUUCACGCCUCCAACCGUCUGCGUCGCCGAAAGAAGUCCACGGUCAACCUCAGGUGGAAGCUCCGCCGCCUGCUCUUCAUCACGGUGCUCGUCCCCACUGCCUCACCUCAGAUGGUCAUCGCGGGCAGAGGGAUGACAUCGUCCGGUUUGUAUGCUGUGUGUGGCUCUCGAGUGCAACUAAGGCUGGUAAGAAAAGGACUAUGGAUCGAGACGGAUGCCUGCGAAACAUCAGGAGGCCCACCCCAUUAGAUGUUCUCCAGGCUUUGGACAGCAGUAUUUGGCCUUUAAAUUGAUGAAAGAAGUAUAUGGCUACAAUGAUGGUUUGCAAAUUUAAUUUAGGGUCAAAACCAUCAAUCAAAAUUUGACACUCAGUGCUGUCGUAAUGUCUGAACUUUUAACAUCACUUAAGUCAUCAAUCCUCAAAAUCCUUCAACUUAGUCUUGUUUAGUCCGCUUAAUGACAGAUGAACUCAAAACGCUUUUCAAAAAAUGCUGGAAGAAAGUACGGAGAUAUUUUCUGUUUUUUUGAAACGUGUUAUGGAACUGUGGAGAGGCAUUUUAAGAAGCUGAGCUAUGACUUUUUUUUUUUUUUUCUUCCUUUGAAAUGUAUUGUAAAUAUUGUAUGACAAUUGCUGUGGUUCAUUCUGCAGUGGUUUUGUAGUUUAGGUGUGUCCGCACAUGGUAAGUGUGUUUUAGUUUUAUACUGGCGCGUGUGCAGUCAAACCUAAAAUGAUGCCUGCUGCCAAAGAUCGAGUGGGGGGGGUGCGGAACCUGCCGCAAUAUUUGACCUGCUGUCCAUGUGACUAAAGGAAACCUGUUAAAAUCCCCCAAACCAUUUUGACCACACAGGUUCCCCACCCCUGAUCAAAGUUUUUUUUUUCUUCUUCUUCCUUGAUGCAUAUUUGGACAUUGUUGUAAUUUGUCUCCUUUCUUCCCCUUUUGACCUCUCCUCCUGACCCCUUGACCCUCCACCCAAUCCUUCCCUGGGGAGUCACACCCCGCCUCACCCACCCUUCAGCCGGUCGCACGGCCGGCUUGCUGCAUUGCAGGAGGCAACAUGCGGAUGAGGACGCUGAGUGGCCAAGCGGGAGAGAGUCGCUUGUGAGCAAGUCGCCUCAGCGCCUUUUGAAAGCCAAGCUCGAUCGCUGUGAGCCUCAUGUGCAACCAAUGUGUGCUGAUAACUGCUCAAAUGUUUUUAAGUUUCUCCCCUUUCCUCAUUACGUAACUUUAUUUUAACAUGUCAGCCAAUGCUAUCAAAUCGAUUUCUGUUUGUCUGCUUGAGUUUUUAAAUUAUUCCCGUCCGCGUAAGAAAUUGAUAUAUCCGCUGUCGUAUUGUUGACCAAAGAAAUCAAAAUCCCAGCAGGUCGCAACGCAUUUCACACUCUGGAUAUUUUUGUUCUCCCAGCUACAAAGUCUCAGUAUUUUUGCUAUCAUGAACUAUUGAUUACUCAUCAGUCGUUUGUCACUUCCUCCUUGAUAUCUGCCUCUCAAAGUCCUUUCCAGUACCACGUGAACUUCUCACCUGCUCCCAUUCACCUCCUUUCCCUCUCAUCUUUCCUUUUCCCUCCCUCACUUUAGUUUUCUUUUCACCACCCAUGCAUGCCUUCUGUCUCUUCCUUCUGCUCUCAUAGAUGUCAUUCAUUUUAUGUUGAGUAUGUUGCACUCGCACAUAGUCAUGGUAGUAAGUAUGGACAUUGCAGCUCACUAACAUCUGUAGCUGAAGGUUGUUUGCAAUGCCUGUCUUCUCUCCCCCGCCCUCCCCCUCACAUGACAAAUUUUGAUAGCACCAGCAUCUGUAUAUAUUGUGUACAUAUACUCUCCUUGAAGAAUCUAAUAAAAACAAGAAGCAUC